AUGACCAGCGAAGCAGCAGCCGAUCAGGCUGCAGAAUAUAUUCCGGAGAAGGUGAAGAAAGCAGAAAAGAAGUUGGAAGAAAAUCCUUAUGACCUUGACGCAUGGAGCAUUCUGAUUCGAGAAGCACAGAAUCAACCAAUAGACAAAGCCCGGAAGACUUAUGAGCGACUAGUCGCGCAGUUUCCCAGUUCAGGCAGAUUCUGGAAACUUUUCAUUGAAGCUGAGAUCAAGGCUAAAAACUAUGACAAGGUUGAAAAGUUGUUUCAGAGAUGCCUUAUGAAAGUAUUGCACAUCGACCUGUGGAAAUGUUACCUGUCGUAUGUCAGAGAGACUAAAGGAAAACUGCCUAGCUACAAAGAAAAGAUGGCUCAAGCCUAUGAUUUUGCCCUGGAUAAAAUUGGAAUGGAAAUCAUGUCGUAUCAGAUCUGGGUGGACUACAUCAACUUUCUCAAAGGAGUUGAGGCUGUUGGGUCGUAUGCAGAGAAUCAGCGCAUCACUGCUGUACGAAGGGUCUACCAGCGCGGCUGUGUCAACCCUAUGAUAAACAUUGAGCAACUCUGGAGGGAUUAUAGCAAAUACGAAGAGGGAAUUAAUGUGCAUCUGGCGAAAAAAAUGAUUGAAGAUCGAAGUAGAGACUACAUGAAUGCCAGAAGAGUGGCAAAGGAAUAUGAGACUGUGAUGAAAGGACUGGAUAGAAAUGCACCCUCAGUACCACCACAGAAUUCCCCUCAAGAGGCUCAACAAGUGGAGAUGUGGAAGAAAUACAUCCAGUGGGAAAAAAGCAACCCAUUACGCACAGAAGACCAGACUCUGAUCACAAAGAGAGUCAUGUUUGCCUUUGAGCAGUGUCUGUUAGUGCUUGGUCACCAUCCUGACAUUUGGUACGAAGCAGCGCAGUACCUGGAACAGUCUAGCAAAUUGUUGGCAGAAAAGGGGGACAUGAAUAACUCAAAGUUGUUCAGCGACGAAGCGGCUAACAUUUAUGAACGUGCCAUUGGUACUUUGCUGAAGAAAAACAUGCUUUUAUACUUCUCAUUUGCGGACUAUGAAGAGAGCCGCAUGAAGCACGAAAAGGUUCACGGCAUUUAUAAUAAACUGUUGGCUAUUGAAGACAUUGACCCCACACUGGUAUAUAUUCAAUACAUGAAGUUCGCCAGAAGAGCAGAGGGCAUUAAGUCAGGUCGAAUCAUCUUUAAAAAGGCCAGAGAAGAUCUACGCACUCGUCACCAUGUGUAUGUCACUGCAGCGCUAAUGGAGUAUUACUGCAGCAAAGAUAAAUCUGUGGCCUUCAAGAUUUUUGAGCUCGGGUUAAAAAAAUAUGGUGACAUCCCUGAGUACAUUCUUGCCUACAUCGAUUACCUCUCACAUCUCAAUGAGGAUAACAAUACACGGGUCUUGUUCGAGCGAGUGCUAACUUCAGGAAAUUUGACACCUGAAAAGUCUGGUGAGGUCUGGGCUCGUUUCUUGGCUUUUGAGAGCAACAUAGGCGACUUGGCGAGUAUUCUCAAAGUGGAGCGUAGACGGUUUGCUGCCUUUAAGGAUGAGUACGAAGGCAAAGAAACGGCCUUGCUGGUCGACAGAUACAAGUUCAUGGACCUGUAUCCCUGCUCCACCAGUGAACUCAAAGCACUCGGAUACAAGGAUGUAUCUCGAGCAAAACUGGCCUCACUACUCCCAGAGACUGUGGUGACUCCUGUGCCUACACUGAAAGACGAAAUAGACCGUAAACCAGAGUACCCCAAACCUGAUACUAAUCAAAUGAUCCCCUUCCAGCCUCGGCACCUCACCCCCCCAGGAUUACAUCCAGUCCCUGGAGGAGUAUUUCCUGUCCCACCAGCUGCUGUCGUCUUAAUGAAACUCUUACCCCCACCUACAUGCUUUACCGGCCCUUUUGUCCAAGUGGAUGAGAUCAUGGAAACAUUGAGGAGAUGCACUCUUCCUGAGACUGUUGAAGCAGCUGUGGAGUUAAUCACAGGAAGAUUGCCUGAUGCACAGGGUGAGGGCAAUGGCGCCAUGGAGAACCACGCUGUUGCCAAGUCACUCAAGAGGCCGAAUGCAGACUCUGAUGAGGAGGACGACAAAGGGGCGAUUGCUCCUCCAAUACAUGACAUUUAUCGCGCCCGCCAACAGAAGCGAAUCCGAUAA